ACCAUAAUCGUUCAGAAUAAAAACUUUUCAACAUUUUGCGUGUUCAUUCUCAGAGGGAAAGGGGUGAUGAGAUUUCUGCAUUGGGUAUGAGAAAUUGAAUGUAAAGUUUUUAACUUUACUUGAAUUCCUUUGUGCUGUGAUUGUGUUGUUCUUUGGGGUGCAAAAAAAGAUGAUGACCCCAAGAUCUCAGGCGAGAAGCUCGCUGGAGGAGAUGCUUGAGUCUCUCCGGCGGAGGGAUGAGGAGGAGAAGCCGAAGGACAAGCCCCCGGCAUUGCCAUCGCGGCCGCCCUCGAGGGCGAGGCUGCCAUCGGUGAGAGUGCCUAAUAGGUUCCUUUGCCAUGGAGAUGAUGAGAAAGAGGAUAGUGGUGUUCGUGGACGCCACAGGAGGAAUGGUAGUUUUGGGGUCAAGAAGGUGAAGGUGGUUGUGGAAUCACCUUACAUUGUGAAAUCAGAAGAUAGCAACUUGAACUUGAGUGCUGAAGAAUCACCACCACCAACAACAACAUCGUCCCCUGUAUCAUCACAGGUUCAGGUUCCAAACUCUGCUGUUGGAGAAGUGGAUUUGGAGGAUGAUAAUAUUGCUUAUUUCAUCAGAAAGAAACUUCAAGUUUGGUGUAGGCAACAAAAGGGAAACUGGGAACUAGGAAAGAUACAGUCAACUUCAGAAGAGGAAGCAUGCGUUUCGCUUUCAAAUGGAAAUGUUAUGAAAGUGUCCAGAUUAGCACUCCUACCGGCUAAUCCCGACAUUUUAGAGGGUGUGGAUGAUCUUAUACAGCUUAGUUACUUAAAUGAACCCUCAGUUCUUUACAAUCUUAAGAGUCGUUACACUCAAGAUUUGAUUUACAGCAAGGCAGGGCCAGUUUUAAUUGCACUCAAUCCCUUCAAAGAUGUCCAGAUUUAUGGAAGUGAAUACGUAGAAGCUUAUAAACAGAGAUGUAAUGAUAAUCCUCAUGUUUAUGCUGUGGCAGAUGCAGCUUAUAACGAGAUGAUAAGAGAUGAAGUAAAUCAAUCCAUUAUCAUAAGUUACAAAUCUGUUGAUAGUGGUGAGAGUGGAGCAGGGAAGACGGAGACAGCGAAAAUUGCUAUGCAGUAUUUAGCUGAUCUAGGUGGUGGCAGUUGUGGGAUAGAAAAUGAUGUUCUUCAGACAAAUUUUGUACUAGAAUCUUUUGGAAACGCAAAAACUUCUAGGAAUGAUAACUCUAGCAGAUUUGUGAGUUUUGUUUCCUUUCAUUAUACUGGAGCUGAUUCCUUUCAAUGUAGCACUUUGUGGAUUGCAUUUAAUGGUUGAGAAGUUGAACUGAUAUACACCUUUAUUUGGGCUCAGGGGAAGUUGAUUGAAAUUCAUUUCAGCGCACUGGGGAAAAUUUGUGGGGCUAAAAUUCAAACAUUUUUGUUAGAAAAGUCAAGAGUCGUUCAACUAGCCAAUGGGGAGAGGUCAUACCACAUAUUUUAUCAGCUUUGUGCUGGUGCUUCACCUGAUCUUAGAGAUAGGCUGAAGCUUAGAAUGGCCAGUGAAUAUAGAUAUCUUAAUCAGAGUGACUGCAUGACAAUUGAUGGUGUUAAUGAUGAUAAAAAGUUUCAAGGGCUAGUGAAAGCGUUGGAUGUUAUUCGAAUGUCCAAACAGGAUCAAGAAAGGGUUUUCAAGUUGCUAGCUGCAAUAUUAUGGCUGGGAAAUAUUACAUUCCAUGAAACUGACAAUGAAAAUCACAUUGAGGUGGUUGAUGAUGAAGCUGCAACCAUUGCUGCCACACUGAUGCAAUGCAGUUUGAAGGAGCUAAUGGUAACAUUGUCUACCCAUAAAAUUAAAGCUGGCAAGGAUACUAUUACCAAAAAAUUGACAUUGCGACAGGCCAUUGAUACAAGAGAUGCAUUAGCAAAAUUUAUGUAUGCAAACUUGUUUGACUGGCUUGUAGAACAAGUCAACAAGGCGCUUGAAGUGGGUAAACGACGUACUGGGAGAUCCAUAAGUAUCCUUGACAUUUACGGUUUUGAGUCAUUCCAGAAAAACAGCUUUGAACAGUUUUGUAUAAAUUAUGCCAAUGAAAGGCUUCAGCAACAUUUCAAUCGGCAUCUGUUUAAACUUGAGCAGGAGGUCAGAAAUUAUGUUAAAUCUUUAAUUUGAAUGCAAUAGUAUGACUAUGAAUUAGAUGGUGUAGAUUGGACAAAAGUGGAGUUUGAGGAUAAUCAAGUUUGUUUGGAUCUCUUCGAGAAGAAGCCUCUGGGGCUGCUCUCUCUGUUGGAUGAGGAAUCAAAUUUCCCAAGGGCCACUGAUCUGACACUUGCUACUAAACUCAAGCAGCACCUGAGUUCCAAUCCUUGUUUUAAAGGAGAAAGUGGCAAGGCUUUCAGUGUUCGGCAUUAUGCAGGGGAGGUGACAUAUGAUACAAAUGGGUUUCUGGAGAAGAACAGAGAUCCACUGCCAUCUGAUUCCAUUAAAUUGUUGUCAUCAUGCAGUUGCGAACUGCUGCAGUCAUUCUCCCAAGUUCUUGACCCGUCUCAACAAACAAAUUCCUCACACUUAGGUGCUAUGGAGUCAAAAAGGCAGAGUGUUGGCACAAAGUUCAAGGGUCAGCUGUUUAAGUUGAUGCAUCAGAUGGAGAGCACCACACCCCACUUUAUUCGCUGUAUAAAGCCCAAUGCUAAGCAAGUUCCUGGCAUAUAUGAUGAAGACCUUGUCCUGCAACAGCUCAAAUGUUGUGGAGUUUUGGAGGUUGUAAGGAUUUCGAGGGCUGGAUAUCCUACUCGAAUGACGCAUCAAGAGUUUGCCAAACGGUAUGGGUUAUUGCUUUCUGAGGCGCACACAUCUUUAGAUCCACUGAGUAUCUCUAUUGCUAUUUUGCAACAAUUUAAUAUCCCUCCGGAAAUGUACCAAGUUGGCUACACCAAACUGUAUCUUCGAUCAGGACAGGUUGGUGUACUGGAGGAUAGGAGAAAACAUAUUUUAUGGGGAAUACUUAGUGUUCAGAGAAGUUUUCGCGGUUAUCAAGUCCGCAGUACUUUCCGUGAACUUAAGAAUCGUGCAACAACUUUACAAUCAUGUAAGGAUGGCCUAUCAAAUUAAAGUUCUCUGCUGAUUAUUGCCUCCAUAUGCAUCUUGCUUGGGAUGUUUGUAUCUAAAUCUUAGUUUCUAUUUGGUUAUAUUACAGUUAUUCGUGGAGAAAUUGCGAGAAAGAAAUAUGGUGUUAUGAUGGAGUCCUCUAUAACCAUUUCUUCUGAACAUGAUCAGCAGAUCGAGGCAGCCAUAGUAAUACAAUCUGUAAUUCGUGGGUGGUUGGUUCGGAGGCAUGCUAGUAGCCUUUAUAGGCCGAAGAAACAUCAUGAAAAUCCGAGACAUAGACGAAGAUCACGUCCAAAGUUUCCAGAAAUACAGGAUGUGUUGUCCAGAGAGCUGGCUCAGAACCUGCCUUCAGCUUUAGCAGAACUCCAAAAGCGGGUUGUCAAGGCUGAAGUAACUAUAGAGCAAAGAGAAGUCGAAAAUUCUCAAUUGAGGGAUCAACUAAAACAGUUUGAGAGAAGGUGGAUCGAGUACGAGAAUAAGAUGAAAUCAAUGGAGGAGAUGUGGCAAAGACAAAUGGUGUCUCUGCAAAUGAGUCUUGCUGCUGCUAGAAAGAGCCUUGCCUCUGCCAGUGGUCAACAUGCAAAACAUGAUGCUCUGGCGCAAUAUGGCUCCGAUUCUGAAGAUACCACUUCCAUGGAAUCUAGAACACCUCGAACACCUGGAGUGAGUACACCCUUGAAGUAUUCUUGUAGUCUUUCUGAACUCGGAGCAGUAAGAGAAGUUAACAGUUGCGCAAAUUCUGUGAGCAGUCUGGCAAGGGAAUUCGAGCAGCAGAGACACGUCUUUGAUGAAGAGGCCAAAGCUAUGCUUGAGGGUCAAAACGGUAACAUGAAAUGUUAUGCUGAAUAUAAGAAACUUAAACGUAGGUUUGAGGGGUGGAAGAAAGAAUACAAGAUUAGAUUGAAGGAGAUAAAAGCAAAAGUUCAUAGGAAUCCAGAAAUGGAUAGAGGGCGGCGAAAAUGGUGGGGGAAAUUGAGUUCAAAAGCACAUAGUCUUGGUAGGGAAUGAGCAAAAAUAGCAAGAGUGGUUGAGUAACUGUAUAUCUACCAAUUUUGUUACAGAGUGAAAGUUGUGCAUAGUUGUAGUUGUAGACUUGUAGGUUGCAUAGUAGUAAUGGAUAGUCUAGUUUGUUCAUGUAUAUGUGAAACUUAGCUCCAACUAUUAGUAGUCAUUGUUGAUAUCUGUACAUCAUAUUGCUGUG